AAAUCAGUACAUUUGUUGAUUUUAAUUUGCAAAUCUUUGAAUCAUUUAAUAGCAAUAAAAAUAAUUUUAUUGCAGAUGAGAAUUCUGAAGACAAUGAUACAAGAAAUUUUGAUGAUUACUAUCCGGAAAUUAUUGUUCAAAAUAUGGGACUAGAUGAG